UGGUUUCUUAUAAACAGCUUAUAUAUUAGAUGUGUGAGCACUCCGGGUUCACCUUGGCACGUCAUUCACGCCCGCUGACGCGCGGGUUCUGUGAGGGUAUUUUAAUUUGAGUGAAUUGUGUCUGUCGUAUGAAUUUCUUAAAAUGGGAGGAAAAUGGUCAAGUAUGGAUCCUCUGCAAGUAGAGGUUCCAGAAUUAAAAAGUUUAUUAGAAAGAGAUCCAUAUUUGAAACCUUAUGAAAAGGAUAUACGCCGAAGAUAUGCUUUAUUUAAAGAUUAUAUAGAAAAAAUAGAAGCAGGAGAUGGUAAUUUAAAUAACUUUUCAACGGCAUACAACAUAUACGGAAUACACGUUAAUAAGGAUAAUAGUGUAACAGCAAGAGAAUGGGCACCUGGAGCUCAAGAAUUAUUUUUAACAGGAGAUUUUAAUGGUUGGGAUAAAACUAAAACGCCAUACAAGAAACUGGAGUAUGGGAAAUGGGAAUUACAUUUACCUCCAAAUCCAGAUGGAAGCUCUCCAUUACAACAUCUUUCUGAAGUUAAGAUUAUCGUUAAGGAUCAUAAUAAUGAAUUAUUGGAAAGACUUAGUCCCUGGGCCACAUAUGUAAAUCAACCACCAGAUAAAAAUGAAGGCACAACAUUUAAACAACGUAUUUGGCAUCCCAGUCCUGAAAAAGUUUACAAAUUUAAACACCCGAAACCAAAGAAACCUGAAAGUCUUAGAAUAUAUGAAUGUCACGUUGGUAUUGCUACCCAGGAAUUACGAAUUGGUACAUAUCUUGAAUUUGCUAAAAAGAUAAUUCCACGUAUAGUAAAACAAGGCUAUAAUGCUAUACAAUUAAUGGCUAUUAUGGAACAUGCUUAUUAUGCCAGCUUUGGAUAUCAAGUAACUUCAUUUUAUGCCGUUUCAUCUCGAUAUGGUACACCAGAGGAAUUAAAAGAAUUGGUAGAUGAAGCUCAUGCUCAUGGUCUUUAUGUAUUAUUAGAUAUGGUGCAUUCGCAUGCUUCAAAAAAUACUUUAGAUGGGUUAAACAUGUUUGAUGGUACGGAUAGUUGUUUCUUUCAUACUGGUAGUCGUGGACAACAUCCACUUUGGGAUAGUAGAUUAUUUAAUUAUGCAGAAUAUGAAGUACUACGCUUUUUACUUUCUAAUUUACGUUGGUACAUAAGCGAAUAUGGCUUUGAUGGAUUCAGAUUCGAUGGAGUUACAUCAAUGCUGUAUCACUCAAGAGGUUUUGGGCAAGGUUUCAGUGGCCAUUAUGAUGAAUAUUAUAGCUUAAAUGUUGAUGUCGAGGGUGUGGUUUAUUUGAUGCUAGCUAAUCAUAUGUUACAUGAUUUAUAUUCUGAAAUUGCUACAAUAGCUGAAGAUGUUAGUGGGAUGCCAGGUAUAUGCAGACCAGUCGCUGAAGGUGGUGUUGGAUUUGAUUAUCGACUAGGAAUGGCUAUACCUGACAAAUGGAUUAAAUUAUUAAAAGAAACCAAAGAUGAAGAUUGGAAUGUGGGUGACAUAUGUUGGACAUUAAGUAACCGCAGAUGGAUGGAAAAAACAGUUGCAUAUUGUGAAUCUCAUGAUCAAGCUCUUGUAGGUGAUAAAACAAUAGCAUUUUGGCUCAUGGAUAAAGAAAUGUAUACACAUAUGAGUUCACUGAGUCCAUCAAGUAAUAUUAUUAAUCGUGGUAUAGCUCUUCAUAACAUGAUCAUGCUUAUCACGCAUUCUUUGGGUGGAGAAGCUUAUCUAAAUUUCAUGGGAAAUGAAUUUGGACAUCCAGAAUGGCUAGAUUUUCCUCGAGCUGGCAAUGCAGAUAGUUAUCAUUAUGCAAGAAGACAAUGGAAUUUGGUAGAUGACGAAUUAUUGAAAUACAAGUUUAUGAAUAAUUGGGAUCGUGAUGUGAAUAAUUUAGAAGAAAAAUAUGGAUGGUUACAUGCUAAUCCUGGAUAUGUUAGUUGGAAGCACGAAGAUGAUAAAUUGAUAGUUUUUGAUCGUGCUGGACUUACAUUUGUUUUCAAUUUUCACCCCACAAAGUCUUUUGCUGAUUAUACGAUAGGAGUGAGACAGCAAGGAGCACAUAAAAUUGUAUUAUGCAGUGACAAUACACAAUAUGGAGGUGAAAAUCGAGUUGAUAAUAAUACUAAACAUUUUACAAAUCCUGAACCAUAUUCUGGCUUGCCAUAUAGAAUGAUGGUAUAUAUUCCUUGUCGUACAGCUAUAGUAUAUGCUCAUGAAACCUGAUAUAUGAAGAAACUAUGUAACAUAUACUAUAAUCCUGUAAAUUUCAAUACUGUAGUUAACAUAAAAUUGUAUUUUUAUAAAACAUUAUCUUUUAUUACGCAAUAUUAUUUUAUAAAAUAAUAUUCUGUAAUUUAUAUUAUAUUUUAUGGGAAACAGAAAUAAAAGAA